GAUAUAAUGAUGAAUAUGGUCAUAUCGUCCUUCCUUUGAAUUGAGUUUUACGAACUGUUUGGAUCUGCCUUUCAUUAUAUCUGGUCUGAAUCUACGAGAAACGAUUGUCUAGAACGUCGUAUAUAUACACACACCUGCUACACAACAGCUUGAUAACCGAAACCCUAACCCUCCUUACGAAUCCGACUUGUCACUGUCUCGAACAAACGAGAUUGGUGCAAACAUACCUAAUAAUAUAUAUAUUUUAAUUCGAAUCAACGAAUUUACACUCAUCGAGUGAUACUGGAGAACCGAUCAUAGAGUUACCCGUUGUCCGCAAAGAUGUCGGGUGAGGAGAUAUCGGGCGAGGAGACGAAGGGAAAGACGAAGAGCCUCGAAUUGUCCGCGCUCCCGAGGUUGACCGUGCCAUCUCAAAAUCGCACUAAUGGUGCAUCGAAUAGUUUUCUCGCCGGACCUCAUGCACUUACCGUCGAUUUCCAGUACCAAAGUGGAGACGGCGUCUCAACGUGUUCGGAAAUCUCAGCAUCAUCCAGAUGUAACAGUGUUGUCUCACUUUCACCGUCACUUUUUCCGCUGCCACCCGGCAACACACCGCCGACAACCUCACACUCCUCAACCCCGUGCUUAGAUUCACCGCCGCGAACGUCGCGGUCGGUAAAAUCGGUCAACUCGUGGUUCUCCCCUCCGUCACCGCCUCCUACCACGCCUCUGCCACCAACUCCCACUCAGAUGAAGUUGGCCAGCCUCAUCGCCGCUACAAACGGCCUUGAGAGUGUCCAAGUGCCUGCAGGUGCCAAAGUCAAGGAUCCCCCCAUAGAAGCGCCUGAACUGGUCCCGUCAAAUCCACUGGAGACACCCAUGACGCCUCCCCGAGGGCGACAACGCUCCUAUACAGUUGAUUCUAGAGGAUUCAGAGAAUCGGUAGUAGACCCAGAUGCACCACUCUCUCCUCCCCCAUCAUCGCUGCCGCCUCCGUAUUCACCGGGAAUGCGCACUCCAGAACGAUACAGCAAUACCAGCAGCAUACCAAAUUCGCGCGUGGAUUCAACGACGCCGCUAGUUUACAACCCGACAGAUCCUCUUGGCACUCCUCCUCGCAGCCCGGAGCCGGAGGGCGAUAGGAAAAAGAAGAAGAAGCGCAGUUGCUUGGAAGGAGGGACCACGGCGUGGCAGACGGCCCCCAAGCGGAAGAAGAGGAAGAUCAUGAUGGCGGCCGUGGGGGCCGCUGGCGCAGCCUUAAUGAUGAUCAUCGCAGGGGUUGCCGUCGGGGUAUAUCUCGCGGUGACAGGUUCAGCGGCGUUAUAGUCUUGACGACCCCCUCACGCAACAAAAGAGGGGUUUUACGAAACAUUAUGAUACACCUUAUAAAAGAAAAGAAAAAGAAUGGAAGGUGAGGUAGAUGUAUGUGCGAUGAGGUAGGUGUGCGUUUGUUUGCGUGUAAGUAUACAAUUAUAUUAUAUGUACAUACCUAGCCAACGAGGCUGCACGCGAUGGGCCUUGGGUAAGAUAGACACCGU